CACAAAACGACUUAAAAUGACCCGGGGAGUGAUCGUUGAUCUGCUGAACAAGGCUUGAAUCCACCUAGAAACCCCAUGGAGCAGGAUGUGGAGAGCCCAGCCAUCAUCAGACAGCCCAAAUUGCCAAAGCAGGCCCGUGAGGACCUGCCUAAACAGCUGGCAGAAAUGGACAGGGCAAAGAAGAUCCAACGGUACGUCCAGAAAGAUGGGAAGUGCAACGUCCACCACGGGAACGUUCGAGAGACAUACCGGUAUCUGACAGACAUUUUCACCACGCUGGUAGACCUCAAAUGGAGGUUCAACCUCUUCAUCUUCGUGUUGGUGUACACGGUGACAUGGCUGUUCUUUGGCUUCAUGUGGUGGCUUAUCGCUUACCUCCGGGGUGAUCUGGACCAUAUAGCAGACAAUCAGUGGACUCCAUGUGUCAAUAACCUCAAUGGGUUUGUAUCAGCUUUUCUGUUCUCCAUUGAGACAGAGACCACCAUCGGUUAUGGAUAUAGAGUCAUCACAGACAAAUGCCCCGAGGGCAUAGUUCUGCUUUUAGUUCAGUCAGUGCUGGGAUCUAUCGUGAAUGCCUUCAUGGUGGGCUGCAUGUUCGUUAAAAUCUCGCAGCCCAAGAAACGAGCUGAGACACUAGUGUUUUCCACCAACGCGGUCAUCUCAAUGAGAGAUGGACGACUGUGCCUGAUGUUCAGGGUCGGAGACCUCCGAAACUCACACAUCGUGGAGGCUUCAAUCAGGGCCAAGCUUAUCAAGUCUAAGCAGACCAAGGAAGGGGAGUUCAUCCCUUUGAAUCAGACAGACAUAAAUGUGGGCUACAACACAGGAGAUGACAGGCUCUUCCUAGUGUCGCCGCUCAUCAUCUGCCAUGAGAUAAACCAGAACAGCCCCUUCUGGGAGAUCUCACAAGCCCACCUGGCCAAGGAGGAGUUGGAAAUUGUUGUGAUUCUGGAGGGGAUGGUCGAGGCCACAGGCAUGACGUGCCAGGCGAGGAGUUCAUACGUCAGCAGUGAGAUCAAGUGGGGCUACCGCUUCACACCAGUCCUGACACUGGAGGAUGGCUUCUAUGAGGUGGACUACAACAGCUUCCAUGACAUCUACGAAACCAACACACCCACCUGCAGUGCCAAAGAGCUUGCUGAUAUGACGAACCGCGCCCGCUUGCCCCUAACCUGGUCACUGGCCAGUAAGCUGAGUCAGCAGGGGCUUCCAGAGUCUGAGCAAGAGGGUCAGGAGACCAAGACCAGCACGGACAACCAGGAGAAGACCCAGCAGACUGAGAGGAACGGGGACAUUGCCAACAUGGAGAGUGAGUCCAAAGUGUAG